AGAUUCAUUUGAUUUCCGUUUCAUUACCAAAGUAAAGUCCGAAAAUAGUAUAGUUAGCAUAGCACUCUGCAUUCUGCAUCAACCAUGAUCCACACUUUCAUGUUUUCCAUAUGAUCACACUCGCGUCCCCAAAAUUCUCAAUUUUCCACUCAAUUCUCCACUAAAUCCCAACCCACCACGCAACUAAAUCCUUUUCCGUUUUCUCUUUCCCCCCAACAUUGGAGUAAAUCAAUGAUUCUCUUUGCAGCUCAAUUGUAGUUCGGUUUUUCAAUUUCUUCCCUUUCUCUAGCAUGCAUAGAUCUGGAGUUGUUAUGGCUUGGAAUGUGUUCAAGUUCUGCACUUCACUCCGUGGACUCGGCUAUGUUAUGAUUAUUUUUUUUCUUGGGAUUGUUGGUGUUACCUAUUAUGCUGUUGUCUUGACGAAUUAUGGACCUGCUUUGUAUUUUGGUGGCAUUGGUUCUCUUACCUCCUUAACGGUGUUGAUCUUGUUUCAUUGCUUGUUGGUUAUGGUACUGUGGAGUUACUUUGCUGUAGUGUUCACUGAUCCAGGAAUUGUACCUCCUAACUGGAAGCCUUCUGUUGAUGAGGAGAGAGGAGAAGCUGAUCCACUAAACGGGUUAGAAUUAAGUAAUUUGCAGUCUGAUGCUUCGAAUAAAAAUGUCCGGUACUGUCGGAAGUGCAGUCAACCCAAACCGGCUCGAUGUCACCAUUGUUCUGUUUGUGGACGUUGUGUGCUUAAGAUGGACCACCAUUGUGUCUGGGUAGUUAACUGCAUCGGCGCUCUAAAUUACAAAUAUUUUCUUCUUUUCUUGUUUUACACUUUUUUUGAGACCACUCUUGUGACUUUAUCAUUACUUCCAAAUUUCAAAACAUUCUUUGAUGAUGGAGAAAUUCCUGGAACGCCGGGCACUCUUGCCACAACUUUUCUUGCUUUUGUUUUGAAUGUGGCAUUUGUUUUGAGUGUCUUGAGAUUUCUUAUCAUACACGUAUCAUUGGUAGCUGCUAAUACAACCACUAUUGAGGCAUACGAAAAGGAAGCUACUUCUAAAUGGCGCUACAACCUUGGCACUAGAAAAAAUUUGGAACAGGUUUUUGGGACAGACAAGCGAUACUGGUUUAUUCCUGCUUAUUCGGAAGAAGAUAUACGAAGGAUGCCAGUACUUCAGGGCCUCGAGUAUCCAUCAAGACCCGGCUUCGACUCCCAAGAGUUUUAAGAGCUUACAUUGUCAACACCAGGAGAAACUACUUUUGCCUUUGUAACAGAAAAAUUGAAGACCCCAAAUCCGCGUGCUUUCAGUCUCUAAGAGAAUAUGCAGCAUGUAAGUAAACUGAAGACAAUUCAUUUGCACAGGCACAUAGUAUGAUUAAUGAUGUAUUCUCGAGAAGGGUGCUCUUGCCAAGUUCAAGUGACGGCGAGCAAUUGGGGCAGGUGGUAAUGAAGGUUUAACCAGUUAUUUGUCAAAAUAAAAUUAUUUUGUUGUCUCAGUCAGGAUUAUGAACUGUGUUGGAUAGGGAAUUUGCUUCUAUUCAAAUUUUUUUCCUUACACUGAUGUUAUUUUGAGUGAUUGCUGAUUGAAGUUUUGCAAUCAACUGUUCCUUGCAUGAAGAGGUUCAAAUGUAAUAUCACUAGUAUGUUCUUGUACAUACAUGCAAUUAACUUCUAAAUACAUUUUUUUUAAAAUUUAAACGUCAUUUAA